CAAUUCCCUAUCUCUGACGACGUCUACCUUCAGUGCUACACCUUGUUCAAGAUCAUGAAGUUUGCUUUCGGAUUCUACGCUCUGUCUACGUUGUUCCUACAAUGUGAUGCUCGUCCUUCGUUUGUGGCUCUAAUUCCGAACGGCAGUGGAGUGACUGGUGUUGCUGCAUUGGGUCAUGUGAAUCCUUCUGGUGGAGGAAGGACGAAUCCGUUCGGCGAGGCCUUUGGAGCUGCCGGCCGUGCGUGGACGAAGGAGCUAUGCGAAACGGAUUCGGAUGGCGAUGGUGCUACGAAUGGCCAAGAGCUGGGUGAUCCAUGCUGCACGUGGUCGCCCUCAACUCGCUUGUCGUCUUCAAGUGUACCAACUCACCCUGGUGUCGCCAACCGCUUCUCAUCUGAUCAACUCGCUGCCAUGACCUGCGGUGGCGAGGCGGAUCUCACUGCAGUUGCUUCCAGUGAACCUGCAUCGUCAGCGUCAUCCCUAUCUGUUUCUGGAUCUCAGGCGUUGACGUCGUCAAGCCUUGACAGCAGUGCCGGUGGCUCCUUUGACGACGUGGUAGCUCCAACGCUUCAGCCUCGCCUCUCUCCUGGCCCGAAAUUCGACCAAACGUCCCCAACUCCCGUCAUUUCAGACGCUGAGAGCCUGAAAACGUCGGUAGUUGUUCUCUACUGUUUCAGCAUUAUCGUCUUAGCGCUAGCGAUGUAGGUCGAUGCAGGUUACUGCUCAAGUUGAAGUUACAGUAACCCCAACACGUAACCCAUAAGUGUAACC